UCUCUCCAGCUCCGGCUCCGCCACCAGCGCAGGCUCGGCUCCCCAACCGGGUCCCUUCCUGGAGCUGAGCCACCGAGGGUCCCCUCUCCCGCCCGCCAAGCCCAACCGCCGGCCCGCACGCAGCCCCGGGGGGCCGCCCCCCCAGCCCAGCCAGCCUGUCCCCCCUCGAGCGCAGCCCCGCCGGCGCCCUCCCACCAUGAAUCUCUUCCGAUUCCUGGGAGACCUCUCCCACCUCCUGGCCAUCAUCUUGCUGCUGCUCAAGAUCUGGAAGUCCCGCUCGUGCGCCGGGAUUUCGGGCAAGAGCCAGGUCCUCUUUGCCGUGGUGUUCACCGCCCGCUACCUGGACCUCUUCACCAACUACAUCUCCCUGUACAACACGUGCAUGAAGGUGGUCUACAUCGCCUGUUCCUUCACUACGGUCUGGAUGAUUUAUAGCAAGUUCAAAGCCACUUACGACGGGAACCACGACACGUUCCGGGUGGAGUUUCUCGUCAUCCCCACAGCCAUCCUGGCAUUCCUAGUCAACCAUGACUUCACCCCCCUAGAGAUCCUGUGGACCUUCUCCAUCUACCUGGAGUCGGUGGCCAUCCUGCCGCAGCUGUUCAUGGUAAGCAAGACGGGCGAGGCGGAGACCAUCACCAGCCACUACCUGUUCGCGCUGGGCGUCUACCGCACGCUGUAUCUCUUCAACUGGAUCUGGCGCUACCACUUCGAGGGCUUCUUCGACCUCAUCGCCAUAGUGGCCGGCCUCGUGCAGACCGUCCUGUACUGCGAUUUCUUCUACCUCUAUAUCACCAAAGUCCUAAAGGGGAAGAAAUUGAGUUUGCCAGCCUAG